AUGCUCCCUGCCAGCAUUUGGCAUCCGCCGUCCGUGCAGAACGAUCCCCCAUCUCCAACGGGGGAGAAGCUGGGGCUUUGCAGCCAGAGCCUCUCUGACCACUCUGUCAGCACAGACCCACCACCGGAGAGGACAGGGCGAAGGCAGAACAGAGGGAUGAGGACUCGCCUGGGCUGCCUGUCUCACAAAUCAGACUCAUAUAAUGAUUUCACAGCUAUUCUUCCGGACAAGCCCAACCGGGCUUUGAAAAGGCUGUCAACAGAAGAAGCAACAAGAUGGGCAGACUCUUUUGAUGUCCUUUUGUCCCAUAAAU